AUGGCCGAUCAACUCAACAUGUCUGGCCUGAACAUUCAGGACCAGCAGAACCAGCCUCGUUCCUACAUCCCUCCCCACAUGCGUGGUAAGAUCAACGGUGGUGGCGGCGGUGGAGGUCCCCCUCCUGCUGGCCCUCCUCCCAUGAACGGCGGUCUGAACAACAGCGCCUGGGCUGGGAACCAGAACUUCGACGCGCGUCAGCCCGGUGGCGACUGGCCCGCCAUGGGCGGCCCCGGUGGUCCUGGCGGUCCUCCCGCUGCUGGACCCCCUCCUCAGCAGCAGCCCUACCAGCCUCGCGGAGGCCGCAACUGGGGUGGUGAGGGUGGCCGUGGAGGCUACAGCGGCGGUGGUGGCUACGGUCACAACGCUGGCGGCGGCGGCGGUGGCCAGCAGGCUCGCGGAUCCGGUGAUGGCCAGUGGCGCGACGGCAAGCACAUUCCCGGCCCCGCCAACCCCCGUGUCGAGCGCGAGCUCUUCGGAACCGCCGACGACCCGUCCAAGCAGCACACCGGUAUCAACUUCGAGAAGUACGACGACAUUCCCGUCGAGGCCUCCGGACACGACGUCCCUGAGCCCGUCCUGACCUUCUCCAACCCCCCUCUCGACAACCACCUUAUCGGCAACAUCGAGAUGGCCCGCUACAAGAUGCCCNACCCCCCUCUCGACAACCACCUUAUCGGCAACAUCGAGAUGGCCCGCUACAAGAUGCCCACCCCCGUCCAGAAGUACUCCAUCCCCAUCGUCAUGGGUGGUCGUGACCUCAUGGCUUGUGCCCAGACUGGUUCCGGAAAGACUGGUGGUUUUCUCUUCCCCAUUCUCUCUCAGGCUUUUAUCCACGGUCCCUCUGCCAUCCCCGCCAACGCCGCUGGCGGUUUCGGUCGUCAGCGCAAGGCUUACCCCACCUCUCUGAUUCUCGCCCCCACUCGUGAACUUGUCUCUCAGAUCUACGACGAGUCUCGCAAGUUUGCUUACCGUUCCUGGGUCCGCCCUUGCGUCGUCUACGGUGGUGCCGAUAUUGGCUCCCAGCUCCGCCAGAUCGAGCGCGGCUGUGACCUGCUCGUCGCUACCCCCGGUCGUCUUGUCGACCUUAUCGAGCGUGGCCGCAUCUCCCUGCAGAACAUUAAGUAUCUUGUGCUGGACGAGGCCGAUCGCAUGCUUGACAUGGGUUUCGAGCCCCAGAUCCGUCGCAUUGUCGAGGGUGAGGACAUGCCCAACGUCCAGAACCGCCAGACUCUCAUGUUCUCGGCCACCUUCCCCCGCGAUAUUCAGAUGCUCGCUCGCGACUUCUUGAAGGACUACGUCUUCCUUUCCGUCGGUCGUGUCGGUUCCACUUCUGAGAACAUCACCCAGAAGGUCGAGUACGUUGAGGACGUUGACAAGCGUUCCGUGCUCUUGGAUAUCCUCCACACCCACGGUGCUGGUCUCACUCUGAUUUUCGUCGAGACCAAGCGUAUGGCCGACUCUCUCUCCGACUUCCUCAUCAACCAGAACUUCCCCGCCACCUCCAUUCACGGUGACCGCACCCAGCGUGAGCGUGAGCGCGCCCUUGAGUUCUUCCGUAACGGUCGUUGCCCCAUUUUGGUUGCCACCGCCGUUGCUGCUCGUGGUCUCGAUAUUCCCAACGUCACUCACGUGGUCAACUACGACUUGCCCACCGACAUUGACGACUACGUCCACCGCAUUGGUCGUACUGGUCGUGCCGGAAACACUGGUCACUCUACUGCCUUCUUCAACCGUGGCAACCGUGGUGUCGUCCGUGACCUCAUCGAGCUUCUCAAGGAGGCCAACCAGGAGGUUCCCAGCUUCCUCGAGACCAUCGCCCGCGAGUCUUCAUACGGUGGUGGCCGCGGCGGCCGUGGUGGUCGUCCUCGUGGUGGUGGCCAGGGUGCCAACCGCGCCAUGUCGGACGCGGAAGCCCCGACAUCUCCCCCUCGCGCUGGCGAGGGCAAAUCCUUCCUCUCGCAGGCAAUGACCGAGGACGACGAUACGCAAAUGAUGGAUGCGACUCCGGAGCCGACCGAGAAGACCACAGGCCGCGGUAAGAAGGGUGGUCAGUCGAAAGAUUCAUCUCAGGUCAUCACCGGAAAGAUUAGACAUCUGAAGAAGGAGGAUGGCGAGCCACUCUGGCGCAAAGACAUCCAGUAUGACUUCCUCAGAGCCAUCUUCGAUGACGAGAAUGAGGUCUUCACCAACUCCUACGACCCCGACAAGGGCCGCCAGAACUUUGCCGAUCUCUACAUCGACACUAUGUCGCGUAGCAGCAAGACGAGCAAGGUCUUGCGCGACAAGCUGCUUAGCGACCGGAAUGCUGCCAAGGGAAUGGCCAUGGUCUGUCUGCUGGUCAACAUUGGAAGGAUGAACACGACGCUUAAUUUUUUUCCCGAGAUGCGAGCCCAAUUACGAACCUACCACGCCAUCCCUUCCCUCCAGGCCAACCAAGAUGCGCACGCCUAUAAACAGCUUCAAGAUGCCCCGAGAUUGAAGUCCAUUCUGAAGGGCGGCGCUGAGGAUCGGGAGGAGCCCUCCUCUCUUAACAAGAUCAAAUCUUUGGAAGCUCCGAGGACGAACCCGGUCAACCUGCUCUUCUUGAUAUGUCAGUCGGCUGCCAAGAUUGCCGAGCUGCACUUCCCUCCUGGGCGGGAGUUCCACGAUCUCGUUAUGAAGACCAACUACACCAGCAAAUCCCGUGCGAGGGCUUUCCUCUGGGUUAUGUGGUUCUAUCUCGAAUCCGAUUUCACGGAAGAGGGUUGCGAAGAGAACCCGUUUGGUUCGGGUGUCGACUACAACGUAGAUGUCGCCAACCAAGGCAUCCCCGAGCUGGAGAUCAUGACCCCGGAGGAAGAGGCGCUGGAGAACGUUGACACGCCCACCGAGAUCCAGUUUGGAGAGGAGAAGCAGAAGAUGCGUGCAAAGAUUCUUGAGGCGGAUCAGGCAUACCUGGCCGACAGUCAGACCAAGCGAGGUUCGAGGACAUCUCGCAUCAUGGCUGAGGAGGGGCCAGCAAUCCUACCGAAGAUCCGCCCGUCGAGACACGAAUCCGAUCUGGAUAGUACCAGAUCGACACCGCCGCCAAGGGCUCUGGCCCGCGGGCUUGGAAGCACUAUUAGACGUGGCGGAGCUUCUCUCAAGUACCAGAUCUUCGAAGGCUCCUCGCCAGCUGGCCCCGGCCACCAUCAAGCAGAGGGCAUUCCCACCCGAAAGCCUCGGCCGCCCACGGCGCACCAGAUUGCAGUCGAAAGGAACAGGAAUCAGAGGGUCGAAUACAUCCUCGACCGUGGCAUCCGCAAGCAACAUCAUAAGGCCAGAAAAGCCCGACGUCAAGAUGGUGCCAUCUACCGCCAGUACCAGCGUAACCUGCAUCUUGCAGACCCUUUUGAGAACAGCGACGGUGAGGAUGGCUCCCAGCCGUUUGCUGGUGGUGACAAAUCCGUUGGCCUACUCCGGCUCAAAUUUGGCAGCGUUGGAGAUACCGAUGACUUUGGCGAGGAGGCAGCCUCCUAUGCUGCUGCUAUCCGACGCGCUACAAGACGCUUACGCAGGUGGGCGGCGCACGAAGGACCCCCGCUUGGCGUCGUCCCUGCUCGAAAGAAGAGAAAGCAGAAUGGCGAUGAAAGGGGCGGGGACAUGGACGCCUCUAGGUUGGGCACUCCAUCCAGGAUGAAUGGUGAUGCGGAUGGAGACAUGACUCUGGGUGACGUAACCAUGGGAGACAUGACGAUGGACUACGACGAUGACGGCGGCGACGAAGACGACGACGAAGGCAAUGAGACGCUUCUUCGCGGCGAUGACGGCUUCGAGGACGAGACGCUGCGUGUUGAGGAGUAA